AUGAGGUCUUGACCGUCAUAAAGAUGAAGGCCCAAUGGCCGGCCUGGCAGCCCCUUAAUGUUCGAGCAGCUCCUUCAGCUGAGUUCUCAGUGGACCGCACACGUCACCUGAUGUCCUUUCUGACCAUGCUGGGUCCCAGUCCUGACUGGAACGUGGGUCUGUCAUCAGAGGACCUCUGCACCAGAGAGUGUGGCUGGGUCCAGAAGGUGGUUCAGGACCUUAUUCCAUGGGAUGCGGGGACAGACAGCGCGGUCACUUAUGAGUCUCCCAACAAGCCUACAACACCUCAGGAGAAAAUUCGUCCCCUCACAAGUUUAGACCAUCCACAGAGCCCUUUCUACGACCCAGAGGGUGGCGCGAUCACUCCUGUGGCUAGAGUUGCCAUAGAGAGAAUUGCUCGCAAGGGUGAGCAGUGCAACAUUGUGCCUGAUAAUGUGGACGACAUUGUGGCUGACAUUGCCCAGGAGGAAAAAGAAGAAGAUGACACUCCAGAGACAUGUAUCUACUCCAACUGGUCUCCGUGGUCUGCGUGCAGCUCCUCGACAUGUGAGAAGGGGAAGAGGAUGAGGCAGAGGAUGCUGAAGGCACAGCUGGAUCUCAGUGUGCCCUGUCCACAUACUCAAGACUUUGAGCCCUGCAUGGGGCCCGGCUGCAGUGAUGAGGACGCUUCCACGUGCAUGAUGUCGGAAUGGAUCACAUGGUCACCAUGCAGUAUGUCAUGUGGCGCAGGUGUGCGUUCUAGGGAGCGCUAUGUAAAACAGUUUCCUGAUGAUGGCUUUGCUUGCACUCAUCCCACUGAAGAGACAGAGCCAUGCACUGUCAAUGAGGACUGCUCUCCAAGCAGUUGCUUGAUUACUGAAUGGGGUGAAUGGGAUGUAUGCAGCGCCACCUGUGGGCUUGGCAUGAAAAGACGGGAGCGGAUGGUGAAAAUGCCCCCGUCUGAUGGCUCCAUUUGUGGGGCAGAGGUGGUGGAAGUGGAGAAGUGUAUGAUGCCAGAAUGCCAUACAAUCCCGUGUUUACUGUCCCCCUGGUCGGACUGGAGCGAUUGCAGUGUGACGUGUGGUAAAGGCACACGGAUGCGUCAGCGUAUGCUCAAAUCACCUGCAGAGUUGGGAGAAUGCAACGAGGAGCUGGAACAGAUGGAGAAAUGCAUGCUGCCAGAGUGCCCGAUGGAUUGUGUGAUGUCAGAGUGGUCCGAGUGGUCAGAGUGCAGUAAAUCCUGUGGGAAGGGUCACUUGAUCCGCACACGCAUGAUCACUCUGGAGCCUCAGUUUGGUGGGGAUCCGUGCCCUGAGACCACACAGAGAAAAAGAUGCAAGAUCAAGAAAUGUAAUCAAGGAGGCAUAAACAGUGAUGAAAGGAAGAGGCGCAAGGAAGACCGUAAGAAGAGGAGGAACAAACAGGGAAGGGAGGAGAGUGCUGAUGAGCUCGCAGGAUGCAAAAUGAAGCCAUGGUCUGCAUGGACUGACUGUACCAAGCUGUGUGGUGGGGGAAUCCAGGAGCGUUUAAUGACUGCCAAGAAGAGAUACAAGAAUGCACAACUUACUAGCUGUAAAAACCGAAAGGAGAUACGGGCCUGCAAUGUCCAUCCCUGCUAGGGCUGUACUUGAAUUGCGUGAUGGGACCCAAUCUAGAUUAUGAACAGACUGUGACACACUGUCUUGCAGUUAUUUAAUGCACUCUGUUUGGGAUUGGAAAGCUGCAACAAGUAGUCUGUUAUUUUUACUUUAAUUUUCUAGAAUUUAUAGUGACCCAGGCAUUGUCUAGCCUGUAAAGGAAUGGGAAACCAAGAGGGAGGGUGCUCAGAGUUGCAAUGUACUGUACAAAUUCAGAUGUAUUAAUAUGCAUUAGUAUUUGAGAGUAACAGUCCUCUAUGAAGCUUUGAAGAGGGGAGUUCUUUUGAACAUUGAUUUUUCACAAGCAGGACCAUGGCGUAUUAAAGAUUAAUGUGUUCUGAAAUGAAAUGCAAAACAAAUUUCUCCUUUUAUACUCUGUGAUCAAAC